UACUGCCAUUAAAUCGUCUGCCCCCUUUUUAGCCAGCACUUUUAAGGAGGGAAGUCCCCACAAAGAAAAUAUCCACACUCUGCUUUUCAGCUGCACAUUUGCCCAGGAGGAGAACAGAACAGGAAGGUGAAGUGACCUGACGUCAAGAUGGCAGCAAAGGGAGUUGGCAUGGCAAACAAAGGUCCAUCCUACGGCAUGAGCCGGCAGGUUCAGGAUAAGAUCGAGAGCAAGUACGACCAGGAGCUGGAACAGAUUCUGGUGGAGUGGAUCAGCCGCCAGUGUGGAUCUGGCGUCGGGAGGCCAGAAUUGGGCAAAACUGGUUUCCAGACCUGGCUGAAAGACGGCUGUGUCCUGAGCGAAUUGAUCAACAGUCUUUUUCGUGGCGACAAACCUGUGAAGAAGAUCCAGAGCUCAACCAUGGCCUUCAAACAGAUGGAGCAGAUCUCUCAGUUCCUCAAUGCAGCUGAGAAGUAUGGCGUCACCAAGACUGACAUGUUCCAGACUGUGGACCUCUGGGAAGGUAAGGACCUGGCAGCGGUGCAGAGGACCCUGUCAGCUCUUGGCAGCUUGGCCGUUACUAAGGAUGAGGGCACAUACCAGGGUGACCCAAACUGGUUCUUCAAGAAAGCUCAGGAGAACAAGCGCGAAUUUUCAGAUGACCAGAUGAAGGCAGGCAAAAAUGUGAUCGGUCUCCAGAUGGGGUCGAACAAGGGAGCCAGUCAGGAAGGCAUGAGCUACGGAAGGCCAAGACAAAUCCUCUAAAAUCCCAAGGCCGCAGAAAUGACACCAUCCUGAUGCCCAACGCACCAUCAGAGAGCCAGUGUUUACUGGCCUUUGGUUAAAAAAAAAAAAAGAAAAAGAAAAAGGUGCUACAAAAUAAACCUUUCCAAUUCAGUAACCCCCUGCUGCUUUAUAGUAUAUCUACCGAGUCUUGACUCGUGACACAAACCCCACUGCUGAGCCUCACCUUGCGCUGUUCUGUAACUCCCAUUCAUUUUAGUAAGGGUUGUAAGGCCUCAACAACAAAAGCACUCAAUGUAAAAAAUUCAUACUGCUUAGGAAAGGGGUAAAAAGCAAAAAAUAUUGUCAAGUCCUGCAACAUUAUUGCACAUUCAAUUGUAUAGAAUUAUCUUAGAUUUGGUGGCAAGAAGUAAAGUUACCAACGACACUGUGUAUGACAACAAUCGUCAUGAGGAAAAUAUCUAUACUGCUUUAAAAAAAAAAAGGAUCCAUACCUCCCCACUAUCUAUGCCUGCUGUAUCAGCACUAGUAUGUUUUGUAAAUUUUCAUAUUAAAUAAUGACUUGGAAAUA